AUGUGUGCCUCUACAAUUCCUACGCUCACAGCUAAGGAGGCCAAUAACAGUACAAAACCACCAGUCAAUCAGGUAGAAGAGGCACUGCCCCUCACCCAUCCCCAUGGGCCCCAUGCGAUACUGUAUCUAGACGAUAUUGUCUUACCUGAUACCUACUCUAAUGCAGCAUCCGAAAGUGGAGAAAGUACCAGCGACAACGCAGCACUAAUUAGCGAGGACGAAACAUCGCUCGCACACCGCGAACCACAUUGCUCAAUCAUCACCUAGGUGAAGGGUCAUACACACCCACCGUGAUAGACUUCCGCAACAUAAACUUCCGCCAAACCCAA